AUGGCAAUCUUCCUUCCGUUCUGCGAGUUGGGUGAUCUUACCAGUUACGUGGUCAAGUGGAAAUCUGAACAGAGAAGGCAGCGAAAAACCAUACAACGUAUAUCCGAAGUCACGAUAUGGAAAUGUUUACAUGAUAUGGUUCUCGCUUUGGAUUAUCUGCAUAACAAGUGCGAGAACUACGGCUAUACGCACAAUGAUAUCAAGCCAGACAACAUCCUAGUUGAAAUACCCAAGAGCUGGAAGAUGGAAGACGGAAUCCCCGAUGAGCCUAUCUUCAGGCUGACCGACUUUGCCCGUAUGACGCGAGAGCAUCCAACCGAAAGCGCACAGUUGACCCGCUUUUGUAGUACACCCGAAUAUGCACCACCCUUCAACGAACGAGGGGCUUUACGACCGUCCGGCGACAUCUGGGCUCUAGGCGGCACCUUGCAAAUCCUCGCUCUGGGUGUCUACCCCAUUCAAUCCCACGAAGCUUUCUCCGAUAGCAGAAGAAGUCAGGAGAAGUUUGUCCCUCAUCUCAUCGACAAAAAUGCCUGGAAAAAAAGCCACUGGCGUCAUCUCAUACCGACCACCUUCCGGCCCCUCUCAGCCACAAAAGAGGAACUGAUUAAUGACUUCGACGUCCAUGAUUCUAUAGUUAUUGAAGAAUUCUAUCCGAACCGCCCAUGGGAGCAUAAACCUUAUAGCAAACGGCUCGAUCGUUGGUAUCAGUGGAUGUUUGAGAAAGAUGAGAAGAAGAGGGCCACUGCGAAGAUAUUAGUGAGAUAUUGUGUGCCAGCUAUUGCGAGAAAGAUUCUUGUGGCAAGGGAAGAGGAGAGGGCAUUGGAAUGUUUUGAGAGAGCAAAGGCGCUAAGAGACGAGAUUGUAAUAAAACAGCAGAGCAGGGUAGCAGAGGUCUAA